AAACGUAAAUUAUACGUAAUUCAUUAAUAAUUGUGAAAUAUAAAAAAAAACUUUUCGUUAAAAACAUGUUUUUUUACCUAUUUAUAAGUUGUUUUAUAAUCGUUUCCCAAUUUUAACAUAGUACAAAUCGUAUUCAAUUUUUACUUUUCACAUGGGCACUACUAAGCAAGCCAUGCAGUAAAAACAUAAUUUAGACAUAGAAAAACAAUCUAGCAAACAGUAUAUUGUUGUUCUAUUUAGCAAAUAUGCUAUCACCAGUUUUAGAGACGGAAUUUAUUUAAAUAUCAAAAUUAGUUUGUACUUGUAGUAUUCGAAAUUUGAGUAAUUUUGAACAGUCAACUAAAUGAAUCGUAAGCUUUCAGAAGAUGACGUACGAAAAUCGUCGGAUUCCAGUGAUAUUGGCAGAGAUCAUUCACUUUCGGGCAUAUGCAUCAGUCAACCCCGCGGCAGCAGCAUUGAUUCAGUGGUGUGUCGUAUUUGUCAGGGCUCUAGCGAUGAGAUAAGCAUGAUAUCUCCAUGUCUGUGCAAGGGAUCGAUGAAAUACGUGCAUUUGGAAUGUUUGGAGCUUUGGUUAAACCGUUCCGGACUUACUCGGUGUGAGUUGUGUUUGCACAAUUUCCAAACCCACGAAACGCUUCGUUAUGGUUGUUGCGAGUCAGUGCUAGUAUGGUACCGUAAUCCAGAUAAUCGGAAUCUAUUGAUGUCGGAUCUUUUGAUCUACUCUAUAUUGUCAUUUGUGUGCUUUAUGCUCACACUGGUUUGCAUGUUGGUGUUGCGUUUUCAACAUUCUGAACACGAUCCAUUUGGAGAGGAAUUAGCUAAAGUGGCUGUCAUUUGUUUUCUAUCGUUGGUGAUGAUUGCUUACUCUGCGAACGUUAUUAUCAUAGCAAGAGAUCAUUUAAUGCCCUGGUACCGUUGGUGGAGAUCAGCAAGAAAUGUUCGAUUGUCACGCUUAGACGUAGUCGAUUAUCCUAUGGAAACUGUUUAGAAUACACCGCUGAACAUACCUGGGGAAAUCAGCAACUUGUUCGACUCAACAACAUGCUCGGCGUGGGUUUAAACCUGAUAUGGACCAUCCCUCAUAAUCAAGAUAUCGACUGCCAGGUACACUUUAUGCGCCUCGAAAGGCUGUAUAAACCGGUGUGAUUAUGUAGUAGGUCGUUACCAAAACGAAAAAGAUUUUAUUUGUUACCUGAUUUGAUUGAUAUAUAUUUAUGUAUAAAAUAUUUCGUGUUUUAAGAGUUAUAAAAAAUAUUAG